AUGGCCGGACUUGUGGAAAAGCUCGUAAAACUCGUAGGACGCGCCUUUUACUCGGACGAACAUGUUGUAGUACUUGGCGCUUUAAUUCGUGAAAAGUUUAUGAAGGACGACGAGAUGGGGAACGCUGUGAACCUGCAAACGCGUCAAGUGCGUAAAAUAAUGAACGAAUUGCACCAGGACAAUCUCGUCUGCGAAGAGGUGCUAAAUGAUAAAAGGUCGGGCGGUAGUUCCUCCACAUCGUAUUGGUACAUUGACUACAAAUACUUUGUGGAUGUGGUGCAAUAUCGACUUUAUAUGAUGCAUGAGCAUCUUAAAGACAGUGAACAAUUGGAAAUUGAAAGACAAACGUUUCAAUGCAGUGACCCCGAAUGUGGACGAGAGUAUACUGCUUUAGAAGCACAAUUACUACUGAUGCCAGGACAAUUUCAAUUUCGUUGUGGACAUUGUAACGAACUGCUGCUUGAAUGUGACAAUAAUGACCGACUGGAACGGAUUCAGAACUUGCAACACAAAUUCAAAGACCAGAUGAACAAACAAGACGGCAUGCACGAAGGAAUUUACGAGGUGCUUCGUCGGAUUGGUGGCUUUGUAAAGGAAGGCCACGCACUGCCAACGAAUUUGCCGAGUGACAAUAGAGCUGCUGGGAUAGGAGGCAAUAGCGCCCGUGCUGCCAAUGCAGCUGGAAAAGGUGGUGGUCGUGGCGGUGGCGGUGGUGGUGGAGGCAGCGGGAAUCGUGCCGAUGAAGAGAACAGCCAGUCAUACUUGUAUCCGUACGGUGCACAGGACCAGGAGAUUAUCGUGGAUAUUGCUGGCAAUGACCAGGCAGAAGACGAGUAUUUAACAAGCAGGGAUCGAAAAGAGGACAAAGAGGCAGCAAAUCAGAAGGUUGCAGCCCCACGGGCGCUGCCAGAGUUUUUGCUUGGUAGCUCUAUUAGUGGUCAUAUGGCAGCGAAACACUUGCAGUCCGCCGCUGCUGCUGCAGAAAAAACAGCAAUUGCUGUAGAAAGUAGCAUUCAGGGUGUGGACCCUCUUGCUCAGAGCGAGAUGACGGAGGAACAACGGCAGGAAGCGUUCAAGCGUGCGUAUAUGGCAGAACUCGAGCGUUACAACGAAGAGAACCAUGAAGGAGAGGUGCAGGUACAGGUAGACAAGCAGGGCUGGGAUGAUGAAAUGAAUGGAGAUGCUAUGGAUGAGGAAGACCUGGAAGACGUUGAGUGGGAGUGGUACAACGACGACGAAGGUGGCAGUACCGACAUUGAGGUAACCGUCAAUGGCCAGUCCAAGCGACUGGAUGGUGUGGAUGACGACGAUCUGCUGAGCAUGACGGAAGAAGAGUUUCUGAGCUGCUACCGGAUGUGCCUAGCUGAAAACGAUGAGUCUCAGCAAUCUGUAAAUGGACGCAUGUAA